AUGGCUCAAGGUUUGGCACUGUGGACGAGAAUUAUUAACUGGAUGGCGGCAAUUUUUGUCUACAACGUGGGAAAUCUUAAGUCAAGAUCAGAGGAAGGAUGGAAAUUUAAUACAUCUUUUCCCGUGGAUUUAGUCUACACGUGGGUAAAUGGAUCUGAUCCUAAACACCAGGCAAUUCUGGCUCGUUUGAAGACAACAUUACAGAAGGCAAAAGCAUACACAGCAACUAGAGACAGAAACCUCGCAAACAUGCGUUUCGUUGAUAAUGGAGGACUGCGCUAUUCUCUAAGGUCCGUGGAGAAGAAUGCAAAUUGGAUACGUCAUGUGUUUAUCGUCACGAAUGGCCAAGUACCCGACUGGCUGAAUGUAGAAAACCCAAGAGUGACCAUAGUUAAACACGAGGCGAUAUUUGAUCAUCCCGAAAAUCUUCCAACAUUUUCUUCACACGCAAUUGAGCACAACAUUUACAAAAUCCGUGGAAUCUCUGAGAGAUUCAUAUACAUGAACGAUGACUGGUUAUUUGGACAGAAUGUUUCAUUGGCAGACUUGUACACAGAAAAUAACGGCACAAAGGUUUAUCUUGCUUGGAAUGCGCCAACGCAGUGCGGCGAAAAGUGCAAAAUAGAGAUGAUAAAAAAUGACGUUUGUGAUCAGUUAUGCAAUUACGACCAUUGUGCAUGGGACGGAGGUGAUUGUAUUGAUAUUCCAGAACAAAAGCCAAAGGACAAAGACACAGCCCAUUGUGACUACACUAAUUCUGUUCUUUACACAAAUGCCAUAUAUAACAGAGCCUUUGGUAUUAAAAAAAGAAGAGUUAUUGCACACGCUCCACUAUUUAUUGAGAAGAAAGUGAACAAAGAUAUGGUUCAAAGGUAAACCUUUUGAUUUUACUUCUUAACAAAGACUAAAAUUGUAUAAAUGUGUGUACUAGAGAUUUCUCAGAUUCGACAGCUAUUCAUCUUAUUUUACAGAACUCGCACCGAAGUGUAUAUAGCUCGUAAGUAGGACAAAUCACCAACAAAUGUAUAAUAAAUUUCAAAAGCAAAUGCAUUGUGUUAAUA